CAGCAAAGCCAGCCCCACGGCCACUGUCCCUCCAGCCUCCCCGCAGCUCCACAGCAGUCCAGACCUGCCGGCCCUCCAGGACCGGAGGUGCUCCCAACAGGGAAACUCAGGCACUCGCUGGUCCUCAUGUCGGCCACGGGGCCCAGCGUGGCGCCCGCCAGCGAGGCGGGAGAGAUCCACAACUGGACGGAACUGCUCCACUUCUUCAACCACACCCUGCCCGAGUGCCACAUGGAGCUCAGCGAGAGCACCAAGCGCGUGGCCCUCUUCGUGCUCUACCUGGCCGUCUUCGUGGUCGGGCUGGUGGAGAAUCUCCUGGUGAUCUGCGCCAACUGGCGCGGGGCGGCCCGCGCAGGGCUGCUGCGCCUCUACGUCCUCAACAUGGCCAUCGCCGACCUGGGCAUCGUCCUGUCUCUGCCCGUGUGGAUGCUGGAGGUCACGCUGGACUACACGUGGCUCUGGGGCAGCUUCUCCUGCCGCUUCACUCACUACUUCUACUUUGCCAACAUGUACAGCAGCAUCUUCUUCCUGGUGUGCCUCAGCAUCGACCGCUACGUCACCCUCACCAACGCCUCUCCCUCCUGGCAGCGCCACCAGCAUCGAGGGCGGCGGGCCGUGUGCGCCGGGGUCUGGGUCCUCUCGGCCCUCAUCCCGCUGCCCGAGGUGGUCCACAUCCGGCUGGUGGAGAGCUUUGAGCCCAUGUGCCUCUUCAUGGCGCCCUUUGAAACGUACAGCACGUGGGCCCUGGCGGUGGCCCUGUCCACCACCGUCCUGGGCUUCCUGCUGCCCUUCCCUCUCAUUGCGGUCUUCAACGUGCUGACGGCCUGCCGGCUUCGGCGGGCAGGACAGCCUGAGGGCCGGCGCCACUGCCUGCUGGUGUGUGCCUACAUUGCCGUCUUUGUCACCUGCUGGCUGCCCUACCAUGUGACCCUGCUGCUGAUCACACUGCAUGGGACCCACAUCUCCCUCCACUGCUAUCUGGCCCACCUGCUCUACUUCUUCUACGACAUCAUUGACUGCUUCUCCAUGCUCCACUGCGUCGUCAACCCCAUCCUGUACAACUUUCUCAGCCCGAGCUUCCGGGGCCGGCUGCUCAACGCUGUGGUCCAUUACCUUCCCAAGGUCCAGGCCAGGGAGGGCAGACAUGCUUCCUCCUCCUCCUCCUCCUCCACCCAGCAUUCCAUCGUCAUCACCAAGGAGGGCAGCCAGCCCCCUGCAGCCAGCCCCCACCACCACCCAAGCCUGAACUUCCAGGCAGCAGACACCCCACCCACCUCUGCUCCUCGGGCUCUUAUAGCCAGCUGA